AUGUUAUUUAAGUCUUUCGUUAGCGCUGCUUUAGUUGGUGCCGUUUUAGCCCAACCAUUACAACAACAUCAACACCAUGAACACAAGAUGGAAAAGAAGGAUGUUAAGGUUGUCACCCAAACCAGUGUCGUUAAGGUCACUGUUGGUGCCAACACCUACACUGAACCAGUUGAAGUUAGUACUUCCGCUGUUGAUGUGACUUCUGCUACUGAUGCUGCUCAAUACAGACCAAGCAGUUUCAGCAACCCAUCUACUUUUGAAACCCAAACCACCACCGGUUCUGCUUCUGAAUCCACCGAUGCUUCUUCUACCAGCAGCGGUUCCGAUUCUACCUCUUCUGGUGUCGGUAAGGGUGGUGCUAAGGGUAUCACUUACUCUCCUUACUCCGACGAUGGUGGCUGUAAGUCAUCUUCUCAAAUCCAAAAGGAAAUCUCCCAACUUUCCGGUUUCGACAUCAUCAGAUUGUACGGUGUUGAUUGUGACCAAGUUGCUCAAGUCUUAUCCUCUAAGACUUCUUCCCAAAAGGUCUUCGCUGGUAUUUUCGAUGUCAACAACAUUGAAUCUGGUGUCGAAAGCUUAGCUUCUGCUGUCAAGUCCAGUGGUUCUUGGGAUGACAUCCACACUGUUUCCAUCGGUAACGAAUUAGUUAACAACGGUGAAGCUACUGCUUCCCAAAUUGCUACCUACGUUAAGUCCGGUAAGGCUGCUUUAAAGAGCGCUGGUUACAGUGGUAAGGUUGUUUCCGUUGACACUUUCAUUGCUGUUAUUAACAACCCAGACUUAUGUGACCACUCUGAUUACAUGGCCGUCAAUGCUCACGCUUUCUUCGAUGGUCAUGUCUCUGCUGAUCAAGCUGGUACCUGGGUUUUACAACAAAUCCAAAGAGUUGCUACCGCUUGUGGUGGUAAGAAGGAUGUCUUCAUCACCGAAACCGGCUGGCCAUCAAAGGGUGACAGCAAUGGUGUUGCUAAUCCUUCUGUUGCUAACCAAAAAUCUGCUGUUGACUCCAUCAAGGAUACUUGUGGUGAUGCCGUCACUUUGUUCACUGCUUUCAACGAUUUAUGGAAGGCUGAUGGUGCAUACAACGCUGAAAAGUACUGGGGUAUUUACUCUUCCUAA